UCACAAGCUAUGGUUUUCCAGUUGGUUCUCUCCCUAUUAGGUACUUGGGUCUCCCAUUGAUGAGCAGGAAGCUUAGAAUCUCAGAGUAUUCCCCACUCAUGAACAAGAUCUCUGCCUGCUUCAACUCUUGGUCUGCUAAAAUGCUUUCAUUUGCUGGUCGGCUCCAGCUGCUCAAGACUGUGAUCUCUGGCAUCAUUAUCUUCUGGUGCUCGGCUUUUAUCCUUCCCAAAGGUUGUAUUAAGAGCAUUGAGUCUCUCUGCUCUCGAUUCCUUUGGUCAGGCAGCAUUGUUAGGAAGGGUAUAGCUAAGAUCUCUUGGUCUACGGUAUGUCUCCCAAAGCAGGAGGGUGGGCUUGGUCUGAGGAGCUUCCUGGUCUGGAACCAGGUUCUCUGUCUCAAAUUCAUCUGGAUUCUUCUGUCGAAAACUCACUCUCUAUGGUCUGAGUGGCACAGGCAUAUUCACUUACCGAAUAAAUGUUUCUGGACAAUUGCACCUGCCUCUAAUGACUCUUGGAUGUGGAGAAGGCUACUCAAGCUCAGACCACUAGCUCUUCAUUUUUGCAAAGUCUCUUUAGGAAACGGCAGAGAGGCGAGUUUCUGGUAUGACAGUUGGUCACCAAUGGGGCAGUUAAUUGAACACAUUGGCCCGCAGGGACCAAGGAAUUUGAGAAUAAGACACAAUGCGGUUGUUGCAGACGCAAUUAUCGAUGAUCACUGGGCUUUACCUCACCACUGUCUCGCUACCUCUACCCACUGAUAUUGAUGAUGAUUAUGUUUGGAUUGCAGGUGAUUCUCCGGUUCGUGAGUUCAGGGCGUCAACUACCUGGGAAGUCAUGCGACCGCGGGAGCAAGCAAAGGAUUGGGUUGAUGUAAUCUGGUUCAAAGGGGCGGUACCGAAGCAUGCCUUCACGAUGUGGGUAGCUUGCUGGGACAGGCUUCCGACCAGGGAACGUUUGGUCUCUUGGGGAAUGCAUAUUGCAAUAACAUGUCCGCUAUGCUCAAGAGUUCCAGAAACAAGAGAUCAUAUGUUAUUGUCAUGUGAUUACAGUACCGACGUGUGGAAGGAAGUGUUCAUUAGGUGCCUCCCUCCCUCUACCAUUCUGACAACCUGGGCGGAACUUCUUUCAUGGAUAAGAAACGCAGGAACUGCGGACCUGAAGCUCCUGCGUAAAGUCGCAACACAAGCCGCAGUGUUUCAUCUCUGGAAGCAACGGAACAACGUUGUCCACAACCAAAUCUCCAUCCCUGCCGCUACAGUCUUUGUUGGGCUCGACAGAGAAGUGAGAAACAUCAUAUCGGCUAAGAGAAAGCGCAAACAAUUUAGCUCACUCAUGUCUCUUUGGCUGAGAUAAUCAACCAUUUCUUCUAUUCCUAGCUCCAGCUUGUUUUUCUUCUUUUUGCCAAGUUGGA